AUGGCUGCUUACGAUACCCGUUUUAAGCUCAACACUGGAGCUGAGAUUCCCGCACUCGGUCUGGGAACAUGGCAAUCCGAGCCUGGCGAGGUUGCGCGCGCGGUAUUUCACGCCAUCAAGGUGGGCUACCGUCAUAUUGACGGUGCUCUUUGCUACGGCAAUGAGAACGAAGUCGGCCAGGGUAUCAAGGAGGCCAUUGAUGCCGGAGUUGUCAAGCGCGAGGACCUCUUCGUGACCACUAAGCUGUGGUGCUCCUUCCACGCCCGCGUUGAGGAAGGCCUGCAGCAAAGUCUGACAAAUCUCGGACUCGAUUAUGUCGAUCUCUAUCUGAUGCACUGGCCUCUGGCAAUGAACCCCAAGGGGAACCACAACAUUUUCCCUAAGCUCGCUGAUGGCUCAAGAGAUAUUAUUCACAGCCACUCCCACGUCACUACCUGGAAGAGUAUGGAGAAGCUUGUUGGCACUGGCAAGGUCAAGGCCAUCGGUGUUUCCAACUACAGUGUUAAGUUCCUUGAGGAACUCUUGCCCCAGGCCACCAUUGUCCCCGCCGCCAACCAGAUCGAGAACCACCCCUUGCUUCCCCAGCAGGAGAUUGUUGACUUCUGCAAUAAGGCCGGCAUCCACAUCACCGCUUACAGCCCUCUGGGCAGCACUGGUAGUCCCCUGUUCACGGCUGAGCCCAUCAAGGCUGUUGCCGAGAAGCGCGGAGUAACUCCGGCUACCGUUCUACUCAGCUGGCACAUCGCUCGCGGCUCUUCGGUCCUGGCCAAGUCCGUCACCCCUGCCCGCAUCGAGGCCAACCGUGCCGACUUAAUCCACUUGGAUGCUGAGGAUUUGGCUUCCCUUCGCCAGUACAGCGAUAGCCUUCAGGCUGAGGGCAAGCUCCAGCGCUUUGUCUACCCUCCUUUCGGUGUUAACUUUGGCUUCCCUGACAAGCAGUAA